AUGAAUGAGGAACUUUUGAAUUUAUUCGAGCAAAUCGCAAGAUUAGUUUUAGACAUUCAAUUUCUGGUUUCCAUUGUUGGAUUCAUUCUAACACUCCCCCAUUUAUUCAUUCUAACGAGAAAGUCUAUGAGAACUUCUAGCACUAAUUCAAUAAUGACCGGUAUCGCAAUUAUUGAUUUAGUUGUGCUUUUACAAGUUAUUCUGGAGAGAGGCCUUUGGUUUUUGACUCAUGAUAGUCCGUGUAUAAACCUUCACUCUUUCAUUUUCGAAAUGUUUUUCUGGAUCGGAGAUUUCCUGAGAGACACCGGAGAACGCGCUUCCUUCUGGAUGGGUGUAUUUUUGGUUCUAGUCAGAUUACUUAUCACAAAGAUUCCUGAGAGUACUGAACGUUUAUCAAGUUAUGCUUUUGGUUAUUUAAUUUUUAUUCUUAUGCUUACAGUACAUUCUUUGAUUUCGUAUAGUUAUUAUCGGGAAUAUCAUCUUGAAGAUAGCACAUGGCUACCGGGAGAAGAAUGCACUGAAUAUCCCGAAGGAUACAUUGAGAAAGGAUAUAUUCGAAAUGUGCAAGAUCAAGACAACUAUAGCGCGAUAAUUGAAGAUUACAAAUUUAAUGACGGAAUGUCCAAGAUUCUUAUCAGUAUUCUGUACCCCGUUUUAGCCAUAUUUUUGAUUUUUGAUAUUAGGAAAUCUGCGAGAAUUGCAUCGGCGGCUCAUAGCGAAAAGAAUGCAAAGGAAAGAUACCACUCUGGGCGUAUGAUUUUGCUGAUGACAAUAUUCUACACAAUUACUAGUGCUCCUGGAGGAAUAUCUGAUUUUAUUCAAAUUUACUGUCAAGUUCCAACACAUUCGAUUAUGACUAUUAUAAUUGCAUAUGGCUCCAUAUUUCUAUCUGCCUUAUUCUGCUUAAACUCUGCGUCUCACUGUCUCAUCAACUUCUCAAUGUCCACAAAUUACCGAAAGGCGGCGAAAAUGGUAUUUUUUGCAAAUCGGAAACAAAUGAACACUAGUGUUUUACCAAUAAAUUUUUGA